GAAAGAAGAAGAAUACUCUGUCGCCGUUUGAGGACGCACAGUUUCCGCGCGACCCUGAGUUGUUUGGCAUGUUUCAAGGAAAGGCAGCGUGCUGACAUUAAAAAUGAUGAAAUUAGCCGUUUUGGUACACAACCUUCGAGUUUCUCUGCUACAUAUUGAAAACAGACUGUUGCAAGUGGCGGGAUUAGACAGACAGCUUGGUGAGUUUAAUAACUGGAGCCCACGAAGGGAGCCUGUGCUACAGUUAAUGGUUGUAACCUACACAUACAGCACGAACUGUCUCUGUAUUAUGUGAAUUAAAUGUUUUUUUUUCUAAUCAUUGUGAUCACUUCAGCUGAGAUUUUCCAUAUUAAUAACGUAAUUCUGAUCCCUGUGUGCAGCUCCAGCCUUGGCAGUGAAUGGUCCCAGCCUUCUUCCUCAGCCCAGCAGGGAGGAUGAGGAGCAGCAGAGCUCAGAACAGCCCCCUGGUAUCUUUGACAGCAUCCUGUGGAUGGCAGCUCCCAAGAAGAGACGCACAAUAGAGGUCAACCGUACCAGGAGGAGAGCAGAGAGUAAACUCAUAAAAGUCAAGGUAAGUUGAUUAAAACUCAAACUAUAUCAAAGCCCAACAGUAACAAAUGAUUGAAAUUGUCACUGUCUGUGCUGAUCAACAGUUUGAAAACGAGACAUAAUUCACCCCUGUGUGGUUAAGCUUAUCGUUGUUUUCAAUUUAAAGUCCUGGUAAGAUAAUUUAACUAGUUAUGAAGUUAGAGUGAUGAAAUAUUUUGACCUGCAAAAGCAAACCAGACCAUCAGCAACGUAACUGAAGUUUCUGUACUGGAAAUUUUCAUUCUUGAUGCCACUGCAGAGGGUCGUGUGUCAGAUCAUCAGAAGGCAGGGUGAGAGUUUUUCCUCAGAAAUGACUACUCACACGUCUAGAGAACAAGUGCAGUUAAGAAUCAAGAUGUGUCACUUUGUCCACAGGGAGGUGCAACAACUUAAAUCAACAGAAACUUCAUCACAUGAGCUUUAACAGAUUGAUACUUUUCUUGCAGCAAAGAAGAUGUCCCACAAUGGGCAAAAACAUAAAGAAAAUGGGUAUUAGAUAACUGUCAUGUUUAAAAUCUUCUCGUGUGUGUUUUUAUUCAUGAAUUUUGUUUUAUUCAAGUCAGAAAUUAUACAAAUUUAACAAAUGUAUAUAUCUGAAGAUGCUUAGCGUGAAAUCUUUGAUUUAAUGAGCACUUAAGUUGGUGAUGAGAAAGUCUAUCACUUUGCCAGUAUGUGUCACUAUAGUCUUGACACACCUAUGAAGUUCAUUUGAAGCAUGAAUUUCUCAAAAGUAGUUCAAGAACUUCAUAUCUCAGUGGAAAGGAAUAAUAAGAAAAACUUAAUUUUAUCCCUAAAGGGAAAUUCAAUUGUCUGUAGUCUCAGUUGUCAUGUUUCAAAAAGUAAUAUGGGCACAAAUAGUCAAGAAUCACUGGUGAGAUUACGUCUUUCAAAUUGAGUGUAUGUGAUGCCAAAGAUGAUGUGUCAGUGGUGCUGUAGAGACUCUUUUGCUGUCCCUCUGUGUGACCCACCAUCUGUUUCCGCUCUCAGACCAACAUCGAGCCAUGUCCAGAGUGUGGACACCUGAAACAGAAACAUAUCCUUUGCGGCUUCUGUUACACUAAGGUGCGCAGGGAGACGGCUCUGAUUCGUGAGCGGAUUAAUGCAAUGGAGGGAGGCCCGCUGAGGGCGCCAACCAUGGAGACUGUCAUCAUCUAUGAGGGCGAGAGGCCGAGCCAGCAGGAUAAAGACAAGAGGAUUGUGGAGAGGGCCAGGAAGAGACCUGCAUGGUUUAGCUACUGAUGUGGACAUGUAUAGGCUGUGUGUGAUACAUACUUUUUCCCCCUGUAUUUGUGAAGAUAGUUUAUUAUAUCAUCAAUGAGAAAAAUGGCUCAGUCAGAUAAAGAGAGUGGAGCUGUAGCCUUCAGAUGUAUUUUUUUCAGCCGUUUGUCAGUCCUGAAGCGAAAUCUAUCACAUCAUUGACUGGGACAAAUGCUAUUAUUUAAACAUUAAACGAAUACAAUCUUUCACAAUAAAACUCUGUGUAUCUAUUCUGUUGAAACUCAAGGUUGAAUAAAUCUUUGUUCUAUGUAUUUAAA